UGCGGAUCACGACCCGCCACCUGACGGAAAAUUAACUAGGUCGGGCCGACUAGUUCGCAAGCCCACUAUUUUUGAUUUAUAGUAUGUGUAAGGCCGCCAGGGGUGCUGUGUUCAGCGUCUUCUUGGUGGCCGAUCUCGGUUAAUGUUCCUUCUUCGCAAUUGUUCAACAAGGUAGAGCAGACGCCAUUAUAAGUUGUGUCAGAAUCUGAAUAAAAGCUAGAGAAUCAGCAACAAUUUACCUGAGUCAAGUGUCUUCAAAUCAAUAAUUACUUAUCAGGUAUUAUCAGUAAAAGUAAUUAUUGUCAAUAACCAUGAUUUCUCAUUGCUGUAUAUUGGUCAGCUGUAAAAUCUUUGGGUGAAUCAAGUUCAGUGCAACGCCCCAAAUUCUUACAAGCUUCACAAGCAGUUAAAUGUUUCCUUGUCUUUACUAUGUAACCACAAAGGUCAUAUACCAUAACGUUUGAUUGAUUGACAGAAAUUCAAGUGCUAUUAGAAGAAUACAAUUGUGCCAGACGUACUCCUUCUAUCUUCCGAGUGAUUAUUCCCUUAACUAUUGUGGAUAACAGAGCAAUCUGCCACAAAUGUUAUUCUUACAUGAAGGAGCUGCUUCAAGAAGGGACAAUUCUCCUUUACCCAGCCUUGAACAUGUGGAAUUCCAGGAUUUGUGUGGAUUUUGGCUUGACGACCGCCAAAUGGCAGUUCAAUCAGUUCAAGAUAGUGGUUUUCAAAUGAUUUUUGACCCUAUAAUUAAAGUUUUUGAACCUAAUUCUGCGAUUAAUUGUCAAAACAUACGCCAAGAAAUAAUUAAAGUGGCAUCUGAUAGACGCGCUUCUAUUUCCAAAGAGGUAGCAGGGAAACUCUUCUGUGUGAAAUUUGACUGUUGCACACCGCUUGAUCGUCAUAUACUUGGAAUAAACAUCCAAUAUGCUGAAAAAGAUGGCGACGGAGGAAAAGAAGACAUUGAUUUUGAUGAACUUGACAUAAAUAAUGACGAAGAAAAAGAAGAACUUGUUAUUAACGAACUCUCGGAAAGCAUUCGCGAUGUUGUGCGUGGAUUUCGGUGUGCAGCGCACUUAUUACAAAUCGCAGUGCUGGACGAGUUUAAAUUGAAAUCUGUUAACAGAUUAAUUGCAAAAGCCCGUGCGGCGAUGAAAGCUUUAAAAAAUCCGGUGUUUAUGGUUUCGAUUCGGCGUAGUUAACUGAAAAAACAACACUUGAUGGGAAAACCACGUGUAAUAUAAAUAACUGUAGUAUGUCCCUUUUUUUGAAUUAUGUUUUUAUAACGACAGGUGGAACCCGACAUUUGCGAUGCUAGCUCGUCUUCUUGAGCUUCGGGACUUCAUCACCGAAACAGAAAAUUCUCGUGCAGAUUUAAAGAUCAGUGAGAUUCAAUGGAUUGGCAUCCAGGGGAUAUCUUCCGUUCCCGAGCCGGCCCGAAAAGCAUCAGUCAGGUUACAAAUGGAACAGCUGACCAUAGGGGAUUUUUACUAACUGUUGACGUCGUGUAAAAUGGAGGUAGAAGAAAUCGACACAGUAUUUGCGAAAGCUUUUUCCGCGGCUCUUCAAACACGGGAAAAUAUGUUGAUGGAUAAUGACAUUUUUCGAUCAGCUAUAUAACUAGAUCCUAGAUUUAAGGUUAAUUGAAAUAAAAUAGAUUCGCUUUGUAUAA